UUUUGUGUUAUUGUUACGAGACAUGUCGAGUAUAUAUUUUUAAAGACGACACUACGACAGACCUCGAUAAUUAUUCUCGAAGACAAUUUAUAAUUAAUUAUUUUAAGUGUGAAAUGAAUCCUUAUGAUUUGUUAAUAGUUCUCAAUUCUUAAAGUUAUAGCCCAUAAGUUACUACAUCAAUCAUUACUGACUGUUGUACAUAUUAUUUUUUUUACAGAAUAAUCUUUAGUUGGGUACGUUUUUGUUCAGACAAAUACUAUUUGACAUAAUUUGUGUCACAGACUUCCGUUGAAGUAAACCUGUUGAACAAUACAUAAUGGAAAUGGAUGAAAAUGAUUUACAACAUUUGCCAUGUGAAGGUGAUCAAACAAGUGUUCUGAAAUUUAAAAGAUGUGAACCAAAAAAAUUUAAAAAUAGCUCUCACACGGCAGAAUUAUUUGGGGUCCUGCAAUCAUUACUCAUAGAUGAAGUGUUUUGCGAUAUUAAGUUGGAAACAGAUGAUGGUACAGUAGUUCUUGGACAUAAAGUUGUUUUAGUAUCAGCUAGUCCAUAUUUCAGGGCCAUGUUCACUAGCUUUGAAGAAAAGAAUAAAGAUCAUAUUAUUAUAAAAGAAUUAAACUCAACCAUUUUGCAACUCUUGGUAAAUUAUAUUUACAGUGGAGAAAUAAUUGUAAACGAAGAGAAUGUAAAGGAUAUGUUAGCAGCUGCAGAUCUCAUACAGUUCGACUAUAUAAGAGCUGCAUGUGAAGAGUUUUUACAAACACAGCUAAAUCCUUCAAAUUGUCUCGGAAUCAGAGCACUUGCUGACUUACAUAACUGUACAGAAUUGAUGUCAAGUUCUGAUGCCUAUAUUAAAAAACAGUUUUUAGAAGUGGUAAAAUAUAACGAGUUUCUUUCAUUAUCUCCUGAAGAAGUGAUUCAACUUAUCUCCUGUUCUGACCUUGCUGUUACAUUUGAAGAGAAUGUAUUUGAAAGUGUUAUGAAUUGGGUAAAACAUGAAUUAAGCUGCAGAAAAUUAUUUUUGCCUGAUUUGAUGGAACAUGUAAGAUUGCCAUUAACAUCAAAACCGUAUCUAUUAGACAAUGUAGUCGAAGAGCCUCUCCUAAAAAAUUGUCAUAAAUGUAAGGAUUAUGUAUUAGAAGCGAUACAAUUUCAUCUAAUCAAGUCACAAAAAAUAAUGACCAUACCAAAAACUAUUCGGUGUAAACCUAGACAAUCUGGUGGUUUACAAAAAGUUAUCCUUAUGUUGAGUUACUCGCCGGUUAUGAACAAGACUUUUAUGAGCUGGUAUGACCCACCAAACAACCUAUGCCACAUUGCACAAGAAAUGAAUGAGGAUUGCCACCCAACUCAUCUUGCCUUAAUAGCAGACCAGUUUGUGGUCGCUGUUGGUCGUAUUCAAAAUUCUUCAAUGUUCUGUAGAUCUGAUCAAUUUAUUCAAAUGCUUGAUUUAUUUUCACGAAAAUCCAGUUGCGUACCAAUGGUUACCAUGUUAGUUGAUAGAGAUCGUUUAGGCGUUGGUGUAUUAAAUAAUAGUAUAUAUGCUGUUGGUGGAGAAAAUGGUUCUAUUUGUUUAAAUAGUGUAGAAGUUUUCGAUGUCAAUUUUGAAGAAUGGCGAAUGGUUUCAUGUAUGGCUAACAAGAGAUGUGAUGUUGGUGUUGGAAUUCUAAACAAUCUUUUAUACGCGGUAGGAGGUUUUGAUAAUUCUACAAGAGAACAUUUGAAUUCAGUUGAAUGUUAUGAUCCCAGUCUUGACACAUGGAAACUAGUAGCACCAAUGUCCAAAUGUCGCUCUCAUCCUGGUAUUGGAAUCUUAGACGGUGUUAUGUAUGCUGUCGGUGGUACACAUGGUUCAGGAUAUUUUAAAUCUGUCGAGGCCUAUAGACCAAGUGACGGAGUAUGGACUCCAGUGGCUGACAUGUUCUUUGACAACCAUUCUAGUAUAGUAGUCAGUUUAGAUGGUUUAUUGUAUGUUGUGGGUAAUACACCUUCUACUAAUAUGCUGAUUAUCCAAAUAUACGAUCCCAACACCAAUACUUGGAAAUUAAUGGAUACCUGUAUAAAUGAUGCUGGAUUUAUUUAUGCUGCAGUAGCCAUUAAUCGACCACCACAUGUUAACACCGAUUACCGUAAAUGAUCUCAUGUUUGUAGUUAUAAUACAAUCAUAUUAUGUGUAAUUUUGAAACUAUGUUAGUGAGAGAUACCUCUCUAAUUUAUGAAAUUUAUUUUCUUGAAAUAUUUCAUUUCUGUGAAAAAUAAAAAUAAAAUUUUUAUUAUAUCUAAAA